AUGGAGCCGGGGACAGUGAUCGUGAACACGGAAGGUUCGGAUAUUAUGUGUCCAGUACUCCUCAUACCUAGAAAGUGUACGGAUUUAGAAACCAACUGUGAGGCUACUGAUAAUGUGUUUAUUGAUUUGAAUAUAACCUCACUAAAUACUGAAGGCAAUGAAAUGUGUAUUUACUCUGGUUUAUGUAAUGUGAAGUUAAUAGAUAAGUAUGAUGUUAAUAUUCAUCACGUUUGUUCGCCGGAUGACAGUGGAUCAUCCAGUUACAUUGAUAUUGAACAGCCUCCAUUAAUAAUUCAUGAACAAGGGAAUACAUCAGCUUACCCUUCGUACAACCAGUCCAAGGUGUGGAUAGAUCCAAUUAGAAGUCCACAUGUGUAUAACCAGUAUGACGAAACUGAUACUCAGGAGUACUCAGUAUGUCAUCAGUCGCAUACCAGCCACAUAACUGUUGAGCAACACAGUACAUACAUAACCCAGAAUGUGUUCAACUAUAAAGAAUCUAACCAAUACUCACCCAUAGACGAUUUUGAGCAUAAAAAGUUUAGAAAACUUCAAGCAUCCGAAACCGUCAGCCAGCAGCCUUCGAACAGCCAAGAUCCAAAUUUUAGUUUUUAUGAAGAAGACGAGUUUGAAUGUGGAGUAUUUCUAUCUCAGCUCUCAGAGGAGAUAAUAAACGAGAAGGAAAAUAGAGCUAGAGAAGAGAUGAAGUAUAUAGGAAUGCAAAGUGAGAAUGGCGCAUUGAAGCAGCUCAUGUCUUCUGAUAUCCAGUCUGCAUCGAAGCAACGUAAGACAAUAUUGUUUCUCGGUCACGAUUCUCACUGCGGCCAAACAAUACAGAAGAUAGCGGUCAACGACCCUUCCUUAGAAUGUUACAGCGUUGGUGAUACGAAUAAAGAUGCUGAGACUGAUAAUAACGAUACUUCCGAUUCUAAUCAGAAAAAGUAUCAAUGUGACAAAUGCAAGCAAAUAUUUGAUCAAAUAGCUGCAUUCAAACAACACAUAGUCAGUAAUCAUAGAAUGAUAAAAAGUUUGAACUUGUAUGAUGCUAGCAAUAGUACUGCGAGUGAAGUUAAAUUUAUGUGCACCGAAUGUGGCAAGAGUCUCAAAAAUCAAGAGAAAUUCGAAAUCCACUGCAUGGGUCACGGUGAUCCGGAAUUAGAAUGUAACAAGUGCCAUAAAGUGUUCGCCUCAAAAUUUACUUUACGCACCCAUCGUAAGUUACACGCUCGGAAAUAUCCAUGCACUUAUUGCUACAAAACGUAUUCAGAAGCUGAAGAUUUGAGAGUACAUGCUGCUAAAAUGCAUUUCAUUUUUAUGUGCAUGUAUUGUAAUUUUGUGGCUAAGAAUUAUAUUGAAUUAUCAAACCACCAACAAACGCAUAAUGCAGAUGUAACCAAGGAAUCGAACGAAACUGAUUGCACAGACUCACUUGUGAAUGAAACAUCUAAUGAGACAGAUAUUAUUACUGUCUCUCCGCCACUCAUGUUGACACAGUCAUCCACGGACAGUGACAAUUUAAAUUUGGAUAAUCAAUGUGCUAUUUCCAAGGAAAACCUUGAUGAUGAAAUAAAAAAGGCUGACUCUGUUAUAGCUAAGGUGAUGUCGAAUAAGGUUUUCCUCUUACAUUCUAAGAAAGCUAGAAAACACAGGAAAUACAAUAAGUCCUGUGAGGUCUGCUUCAAGACAUUCGACCGAAUCGGGGAUCUUAAAAGACAUCUUAUAGAACAUAUAAUACGAAGCACCCUCGCCAAAACUCCGGUGAGCAAGAAUGGCACACUCAACAUACAGUGCGAGGUAUGUCAAGUUGAAAGAUUCACUAAAAUAGACCGCUACAAGGCCCAUUUACGUGAACACGCCAAAUUGACAUUGUAUAAAUGUACAUUUUGCGACAAAUCAUUCAGCGAUUCCAGUAACUUUUCAAAACACAAGAAGAUCCACGGCACUACUUACCUGCAGUGCGACUUAUGCCAAAGAAAAUUCAACUCUAAGAAAAUGAUCACGCAGCACAUGGAGUAUCACAAGAAGAAUUCACCCAUUCCGUGUCAAUAUUGUAGUAAGAUAUUUCACUUCGAAUCUAUGCUCAAUAAACAUAUCAAAUGUGCUCAUACUAAGGAAGUGCGUAGCAGAUUUAAAUGUAGAUUUUGUUAUCAAUACUUUAAGACUUUGAAAGAGAAAUGGGACCAUGAAUGGACUAUUCAUAACGUAAGGAAGAUGAUAGUAGAUUGUUUGGUUUGCGGUUGUAAGUUUCGGAAAUAUUCCGAAUUGAAAAAACAUUGUGUUUUUGUUCAUGAUAUGGAUAUUCCGCCUGCAAAAAAACUUUUAAAGAAAAAGAAAGCUAGAAAUACGUGUUGUAAAUAGAUUUUCGUUUUCCAAUUGAAACUUCUAUAUACAGAUAUAAAAAGAGUGUAUUUUAGAGUAAUCUUUAUUUAUUGGCCCGUACAUAGAAUGUUAUAAACUGAAGACAGCGACUUUGUAUACUUAUUUACAUUGAAUUGAAUUUAAGAGGCCUUAGUAAACUAAUUUAUAUAAUAUUUUCAGUGUCAUAUGUAUGAAAUUGUAGCUAUAUUAUACUCAUAAUUUUAAAGGCAAGACUGAUAGCCAUAUAUUUAAUGAAUUAAGAAAAAACGUAAAUGGCUAAAUUUACAAAAAAAACAUAUUUGCUAUGUUAUAUUAAUAUAACAAACAUGUUUUGGCAUUAAGUAUAACUUAAUAUAUAGUAGUAGAUUUUUAUAUUUAAACUUUUUUAUAUACUUGUAUAUGGUAUCGUUAUUUUAAACGUACCUACCUAAAGUGUCUGCAGCGACAAAAUCACCACAAAUAUUUAUGUAAGUAAAAAAUAGCUUUGCGAAUAAUUGUGAACAAACCUUCUAAAGAUUAUUAGUUGAUCAUGACGUCUAGUUAUUUGUAUUGUUUUUGUCACCGUGCACAUACUUUUGUAAUAGUUGUUUAAUAUCACACAUUACAAAAACAUGUUCAAAACAAAGUUUUUGUACUUGUAGUCGUAUAAGUAAGAGCAUAGCGAUAAAUCAUUAGAGGUUUUAAGUAGAUAUUUCUUUAAAUCUUGCUAUACUUGAGAUUACCUGUACCUUAAUGUUACUUACAUUAGGGUAUAGGUUACUAACUAUUUUUUUUAUGUUAAAAGUGAAAAGAUUUCAGACAUUUUAAAAAUUAAUAAUAAAAAAGCAUCAGUGUCAUGAAUUCCUCAGGGUACAUAAUUUACUAAAGUUUAAUACUUACAUACCUGCAAUUAUUAACAAAUUUAAUUUAAAAUAUAACGUCCCUGAGAAUUUUAUAUUUAUCAUUUUUAAACAAGUAAGAUACUUAGUAAUUCUCCAAUACCACCAGGUAUAAAUCAGUAUAGUACAUUAAAGUAAAAAAUUAU